CGCGCUGGUGAUUUGCCUUCGCCGCCAGCAGCCUCGCUCCGUCCAGCCCGCGGGGACCGGGGCUGCCGCCGCAGGAGCCGCUCGCUCGCUCCCUGGCAAGAGAAAAAGUUUGCUGCUCUUCUUCCUGCUCUUCCUCGCCCCACAACAGAGCCCGCGGCCCGGCGCGGCUCCGCCGGGCAGGGGCAUGGCGAACUGAGCGGCCGGGCUGCGCCGGGGGCGGCUCCGCCGCACCUGAGCGGCGGCGGCGGUGCGGGGGGGGCUUGCACCGCGGUGCCCCGCGGGCGGCCAUGCGCGGCGGCGGGAGCGAGCGCUGAGCCCCUCUGGCCUGGCUGCCCCCCGCCGCCCCAGACGAUAGCCGCCGCCGCGGGGGGGAGAGCUGGAGGGCGGCGGGGAGCCCCCGGGGAGAGGGGGAAGCGGGGACCUCGCCUGCCUCCGCCCGGCCGAGCGCCAUGCCGCGGCGGCUGGCUUGGCUGUGCUGCUGCUGGGCGCUGCUGAGUGGCGCCUGCCGCCCCGCGGAGCCCGCGCUGCCCGCGGAGGGCGGGGAGCCGCCGCCACCCGCCGCCGCCUCGGGCUUCCUCUACCGGCGGCUGAAGUCGCACGAGAAGCGGGAGAUGCAGCGGGAGAUCCUCUCGGUGCUGGGGCUGCCCCACCGACCCCGGCCGCUGCCGCGGGAGCCCUUGGCCCCACCGCCGGGGCGCCUGACGGCGGCGCCGCGCUUCAUGCUGGACCUCUACCACGCCCUGGCCGAGGGCGCGGAGGGCAGCGCGGGUGCGGAGCGGGGCGGCCGCCCGCCGCCCCCCGCCCCGCCGCCGCUGCCCAGCUCGCAGGACAGCGCCUUCCUCAACGACGCCGACAUGGUCAUGAGCUUCGUCAACCUGGUUGAGUAUGACAAGGAGUUCACGCCUCACCAGCGGCACCACAAGGAGUUCAAAUUUAAUUUGUCUCAGAUUCCUGAGGGUGAGGCCGUCACAGCCGCUGAGUUUCGGAUCUACAAGGACUGCGUUGUGGGGAGCUUUAAAAACCAAACCUUCCUUAUCAGCAUCUACCAAGUGCUGCAGGAACAUCAGAACAGGGCCUCUGACCUGUUUCUGCUGGAUACACGGGCGGUGUGGGCCUCGGAGGAGGGCUGGCUGGAGUUUGACGUCACUGCCACCAGUAACAUGUGGGUGAUGAACCCUCAGCACAACAUGGGACUGCAGCUGAGUGUGGUGACCCGGGACGGUUUCAGUGUAAAUCCCAGAGAAGCAGGACUCAUAGGCCGAGAUGGCCCAUAUGACAAACAGCCUUUCAUGGUGGCCUUCUUCAAAGUGAGCGAAGUUCAUGUUCGGACUACCAGGUCAGCGACGAACAGGCGCAGGCAACAGAGUCGGAACCGCUCCACUCAGGCUCAGGAUGUUUCCAGGGUGUCUACAGUCACAGAUUACAACAGCAGUGACUUAAAAACAGCGUGCAGAAAGCAUGAGCUUUACGUUAGCUUCCAAGACCUGGGAUGGCAGGACUGGAUAAUCGCUCCAAAGGGCUACGCAGCCAACUACUGUGAUGGGGAGUGCUCGUUUCCACUCAAUGCCCAUAUGAAUGCAACCAAUCACGCCAUUGUACAAACUCUGGUUCAUCUUAUGAAUCCUGAUUACGUUCCCAAACCAUGCUGUGCACCUACCAAACUAAAUGCCAUAUCUGUUCUUUAUUUUGAUGAUAAUUCUAAUGUAAUCUUGAAGAAAUACAGGAAUAUGGUAGUCAGAGCUUGUGGAUGUCACUGACAAAUAGUCUUCGCACGGACUCUGUGAUUCUACCACGAACUUCCAUCCUACCGUCCAUGCUUUCAUGAACUACCUGACCUUGGAGAAAAAAAUAAUUGAUCAACCACCUUUUGGAACACCCUGCAUGUGCCUCAUGCAGGGGAGGGGUGUGGGGACCACGCGCUGGGGCACGAGCAAACCCCUGGACUUCUUACAGCCUGACCCUGGGCCACGGUGGCUGCUCAGCUCUGCCGAGCCAGCGUGCGCAAAGCAGAAAUCUGCCUAGACCCCUUAUAUUGAAUGGGACCGUCUUAAUCUCACGUAGCAGCGUGGCCCUCGCAGUUGCUUGGAUGCAUGCUGCAGCUUUACCCGAUAGGCACCCAACACUCAAAACAAGUGAGUUCUUUUUCUGGGGGGAAGAUGAGGGGAGAGCGAGCGAGCUUAAGAAAGCGGUGUUAGUCCUUCAGGCUUAAAGUAUACAUGUUGUCCAAGAUAACACAAAAUUCUAAAGGUUAGGAAUUGCCUUUUGUCUAGAAGGACCAGUUACUUCACCUAGACUGUUAGUCUCCUCCUGAAUCCGUCAUGGUGGUAAGCAUCUUAAAUUGUGCCAAAGCAGCAAUGUUUAGGUUCUCUUAUUCUCCAAGCACAGUUUAAGUCUGAUGCUGCAAGCAUGAGCUGGCCUGGCUGCACCCUGUGUUAGAAACACUAGUGUGAACACAGACCCCAGUUGGUCUUUCCAGUUUACUAUCUGACUGAGCAAUGGAACUUUAUUACACUUGUUCUUAUGCAACUUCCUUCCACUCCCCACAUGGAGCUGCCUCAUCUACUACCACUUGCCCAGGAAGGAAGUCAGGACGCUCCUACAGCUGUAAGUCAGACUUAAAAGUUUAGGGGCCAUUCAUUCUCUAGCUGGACAAUUUAUUUACAGGAAGACAGAAUCUCAACAACACACGCAAGUCUUUGGCCAACCUCUCCCCUUCAACUCACGCAACUAACAAACUGGUAUAAAGGAUACAUUCACAGUGUAGCAACAGUUUGUCUAGCAGAAGCAAAUAGCAAAUUGUUUUGAUCAUUAUUAAACUUGUAUUAAAUGCACUUACCUCUAAUUCUUGCAUUUAAAAGGCUUCUUGUAAAUACAAGCUAUAAUUUAUUGCACUUGUCACUGUAUAUUCAUUGUGCUGUAUCAUUUAUAGAAAGACUGCUUUUUAAAAAAGUUUUUAUUUAGAAAAAUCUCAGUGUAAACAAUUGUACCACUUUGAUUUUAUACAAGAAACUCAUGAGAUUGUGCUUCACUAGAAAGUUGUUAAAAACAUGAUAAUAAAGGCUUUCUUUAAGGCAGAAGUAUAUACAUUGAUCUAAUACAUCUGCCAGUACAACACUUAGCUUUCACUGUGGCUUUUUCACCCUUACAUAUUUUUAAAUUGAACAGAAUCAAAAGUUCUGGACAGACAGUGAAGUGGAGUACUAGGAGAAAUUCACUGGUUUAAAUAUUCGUUGCUGGUUUGCUUUAAAAAAACAAAACAAAACAAACCCAAAAAAACAAAACACACAAACCCAACUUAUUCCAUAUGAUGGACAAAAAUCAGCAUCUUGACAGAUUAGUCAGCCUGUAGUCAUCCUCAUUCCAUGAGUUUCUAUGCGCACGAGAUGGCAGAAUUCAGUCCUUGGUUUGCUGUUGUCUUUGUAUCAUCACAGUCUCUGUAGCGUAAAUUCUUUGGCUUUCAAUUAUGUCUAACAUGGAACAGCUUCUGCACCAAAGAACAGAUCCAUAUUCUAACCCAGGGCACCACAGAGUGCCUGGUCCUAGCAUUCAAACUUACCAACACUUGCAGCUUGGGAAACAGUUAAGGCUCAAGAAGAGGAGUGGGGAACUACUUUAUACUACUGUAGGAUAGCUGAACAAAAACCAAAAAACCAAAACAAAAAAUGUACUACUUGUUGUUUAAGUACUCUGAAUAAGGAGCAAGUCAGCACGAAGUGUGGAUGCAGGCGAGGGCACGAAACCCGUGUCAUCAGCUCUGAUCAUUUAACGUUAACGGAGCGGUUACAACAACUUUGGCUCUAUAGAAGUAGAGCAGAGUUGCUCCUCUGGAGCUGGAUGGAAACAGCCUACGAAAAUGCACCUGACACAUGUACACUAUGGCAUCAGUAAUGUUCAGGCACAUGUUACAGUACCAUCACUUUCAUUAUGGCUAGACCUCCCACACUGAGAGGAGUAACAGGAAACAACCAGCUCGUGGUGGCUUGGUAUCUUCCAAAAGUGUGUGUGUAUGUGUGUUUGCAACCUCCCAUGACAUUCCGUUUCUUAUCCAGCAGCUAUAUUAAGACAAAUAGGGAUUAAGUACAGCGGCACUCAACACAGGUGUAGCUUUUGCCUUUCUAGUAAUGGUGGACAUUUUGUAAGGACUACUUUUUAACCAAAUCUAACCUGAAGACAAAAAUAUUCUACUGGUGCCCUUAAGCUGGUUUUCUUAAUGUAUUUUAGUCUCAAAGGAAACCAUUUACACUUCAUUGUGGGAACACAGAAAUGCAGUAAUAGUACCAUGCUGAAAAUAUUCUCACUUUGCACAGUAACUACUUGUUAGUUUUCCUUCACACACAAGGUAGCAUGUCUUUAACACACACAGAGAGGGAAGAUACCAAUGUAUAGUACAUUCGGUUUCCUAAAAAAGAAAUUUAAAAAAAGCCCAAAUCCCCACCCCCCCAACCCCAAAUACACUAUUUGAAAUUUAGCAAUGAUUGAAAUCCCUCAGAUACUGUACAAAGACAGCCAGGGACGGAGCAUCCAGACUUUUAUUACAAUUCAUCCCUUGCUUGACGCAAGACAAAGCUGUGCAGUGACUCAAGGUCUCUCGUUCCAUUGUGUUCACUGACUUUCUUUCCACCUCGGAAAAGCAGAAGUGUAGGAUAACCACGAAC